UCCUCCUACUUUCUCCUCUGAUUCUCCGAAGAACCAACGGAACAAUCUCGGGGUCGGGGGAGGAGAAACCCUCGCUAACUGUAUACAUAUACACACCCAAUCUCCGUAUUUUCAGCGUUUCAGGGGAAUCACGGACGUUUUGAAGUUCUCAGAUUUUCAGUCGGAGCUGAUGAGAUCUUUGUACAACGAGUACGUCGAGGAUUUUGUAGAGGAAGAGCAUGGGUCACUCGCGAAACGAUCUCGAUUGGGCGGCGCACAUUUCAGUCAGUUGAGCUCUUGCAACACUGGUUUGGUGGCAGCCCCAGCACCCGCGUACAAUCCCCUGUGCGACCCUCCUUUGGGUUUGCAGCUUAGGAAAACUCCUUCGUUAUUGGACUUAAUCCAGAUGCAGAUCUCUAAAGAAAGCAAUGCUUCUACUCCAGCGACCUCUAAUGGAGUUUCAGAGACUAGAAAAAAGAGAGAUUCAAAGACUGGUAAUGCUUCAAGUGCUAACGACAAGUUGAAGGCCUCAAAUUUCCCUGCUAAGCUGUUGAGAAUCGGCACCUGGGAGUAUGUGUCAAAAUACGAAGGCGAUCUGGUGGCGAAGUGUUAUUUCGCCAAGCAUAAAAUUGUGUGGGAAGUUCUUGAAGAUGGUCUCAAGCUUAAAAUCGAAAUUCAGUGGUCUGAUAUUACCGGUCUGAAAGCUGAUUUUCCUGAGAAUGAGUCCAGCAGUUUAACCGUCGUGCUCGCGAGAAAACCUGUCUUCUUCCGGGAGACCAAUCCGCAGCCCAGAAAACACACUCUCUGGCAGGCGAGCGAAGACUUUACCGAUGGACAGGCUAGCGUGUAUCUGAAACACUAUAUCGAAUGUUCUUCUGGCAUGUUGAACAAGCAUUACGAAAAGCUUAUACAGUGCGACACGCGCCUCGCUAUUUUGAGCAAGCAACCCGAAUUAGUUAUUGACUCGCCGUGCUUGGAACCAGAAACUUCUUCUGUUCCCGAGAUUUCUGAAGAAUCUAAAGGCGAUGGUUUGCCUAGCUCAGUGGUCGAUAUGACGACAAUCAAUACCAACCGAAGAAUGAACAAUCAGCAAAUCCCAAGCGCAAUUCCCGAUCCCGCGAACAACGACGCUGUUUCGAAGCAAGCGAAUUCCGGAACCUUCCCCUCGGACGAAGCGUUGGAGUACCAAGGAAUGCUUGAAAGCGUCUCCCAAGCUUUGCUCAGCGACGCACCGAUUCGUGCAAUGGGAUUGGAUGAAAACUCGCUGAUGAAAAAAGUUAAUUCUCUCUGCUGCCUACUCGAAAUUCCGGGGGCCAUGGCUGCUCCCAUUGCUCCGGAAGAAUCUGCUGCUGAUCAAGGGAACGACAAAUUUGCGACGAACAUGUCGACAAACGCCGGACAUGGCGAUGGAGCUGGCAGCUUUUUGAAGACAAAUAAUAAGGACAGCGCGGCGCCUUUGUUGCCGAGAAAUGAUUCGCUGAAUGACUUUCUUCAGCAGUUUCCUCCCAUCGCUUCUCUCCCGAUAAUAUCUGAAAAUGACGAGGAGUAUCGAUCCGGGUAAGUUUUUGGCAUUCUUAGUCGAUAAACAUACAGACGGUUUUUUUUUCGCUGUUCUAGAUGAUGCUGGGAAUGCUCGGUUUUUGAGACUCUUUCGGAUUCUGAAAUUAAACUUCGUGAAGAAUCCCGAUCGCCGGAUAGUUUUGUCGAACCGUAGUCGAACGCCAUCCUUAGUGUUUCUUGGCUAAAUACAUAUAUAUGUCUGCCUUGGUUCAUUGACAUCA